AUGACCGGAACAAAACAAGUAAACAGAACUGUGGAAGACUUGGGCAGUGCCAUCACAGGCAGCAAGAAGCGAAUUUCCUGGACUUUUUUGUUUGGCGAAGAAGAACGCACCGUGGUCCUUCUUUGGAGCAAGAACUCGGGAACGCGCCAAGUCACCGAAGGCGGCAAUAAGAUUGAUUAUGUUUAUGAAGAAACUAAAACAGGAAACUUUUUCUUUCACAAAUGGGAUUCUCGUGACGUAAAACUGCACAUUAUUGCGUCGUCUCGCACUCCCGCCAAGUGCAAGAAGGUGCUCUGCGACAAUUUUAUCGAAUUCGAGUUGAUUGUCAAUGGACAACCUUUUUCCAAGUUGCCUCAUCAGGAUGGCACACCCUUGCCAUCGGAAAAAGGCCCCGGUCCGCACGGUAUUUUUGAUGUUGUAUACCCACAAGGAUACGACGUCAACUUUACAAAGGAGGCUCCAUGUCCCUCUCACGGCAAAGGCGACUUGCAUUCUGUCGUAUUGCCGUCAUAUCCCCCAAUUCCUGCACACUAG